AAUGAACCCAGUCCGCAAACGCCUCAAACUGAGCCCGUCCAAACCACAAAAUGCUCUUGGCAGCACCAGCACUGUCCAGAGCUUUGGACCAUCUCAGCCCCACUCCCAUGAUGCUUCGGUGCUGCCAGGAACCAGUGCUGAGGAGGAGGAGGAGGGAUACCUGCUGGUGGAGGAAGACACCACUGAUUCCAGCCUUGUCAUUACUAUGGAAGACAGUCAGAUGAAGGUAAAAACAGCGAGGAGGAAGGCGCUGAAGAAGAAAAAGCAGACACUGAAUGAGGAAGGAACUGAUGAGAAGUGCAGGACGUCAGAAACUGAGGAAGAGGAGGAGACGGGAGUGGAAGUGGAGAUUGACACCCAGCUAGACCAGUCACUGGAGACAAAGUCCAAACAACACAACCUUACCACUGUGAAUGUCAAGAACAUCAUCCAUGAAGUGAUCACCAAUGAGCAUGUGGUUGCAAUGAUGAAAGCUGCCAUCAAUGAAACCGAUGCAGUCCCUCCAUUUGAGCCUAAAAUGACUCGAUCCAAAUUAAAAGAAGUGGUAGAAAAGGGAGUGGUGAUUCCCACCUGGAACAUCUCACCCAUUAAGAAAAGCAGUGAUGUCAAUAAGGCUCCUCAGUUUGUGGACAUUCCUCUGGAUGAGGAAGACUCAUCUGAUGAAGAAUAUCGCCCUGAUGAAGAAGAGGAAGACGAAACAGCUGAAGAUACAUUCCAGGAGAGCGACAUGGAGAGCACAACUUCGUCUCCAAGAGGGAGAAGAUUAAACAAAUCGGAGGAGGACAGCUGCAGCCCCUGGCAGACUUCUCGAGUUCGCUCCAGACGUGUGAAGGUGGGGUUAAUGGGACCUCCCCCUCCCCCUAAAGCCCUGCCGCCUAAAGGUGUGAUUGACAGCUUAUUUCUGGAGAAACUUCAUGCUGUUGAAGAGGAGCUGGCAGAUUGUAUGGAUCCCUAUCAGCGUCUGUCUGAGUCUGAGGAUGAGUCGGGUGUGAUGGCGUACCGGACUAGGUCUAAGCGUCCUCUUCGAGACGUCCCGCUGGGUCAGCUGGAGGCAGAGCUCCGAGCCCCUGACAUAACUCCGGACAUGUACGACUCCAACUCUGCGCCUGAGGACAAAGAUUGGACUGAUUGGUUGUUAGGCCUGAUGAGCUCAGAUGUAGGCAACGAAGAGGAGUGUGAUGAUGAAGAUGAUCCAGAGUACAACUUCCUGGCUGACACUGACGAGCCUGAUUUGGAGGAUUACCGUGAUGACAAGGCUGUCCGCAUCACAAAGAAGGAGGUGAACGAGCUGAUGGAGGAGCUGUUUGAAACGUUGAAAGAGGACCUGGCCGGACAGGAAGUGGAUGAUGAAGGCCAUGAGGAAGAGGAAGAGCCACAGGAGGGAAUUCACACUGUUCAGACACACACAGUUGAAGAGCAGCACGUAAGACCAGCUGAUGAUGAGGCAGAAGAUGAACCAAUGACAGAACUGCGUACGGUGAGGCAGCAGCUGACUUUGAUCCGGAAGAGGCGGCAGAUGAAUGCAUCGUACAGCACGCAUAGUCCAGAACCGUACACACUGAAGCUGAACGCUCGGCAGAAGCAAAGACUGGAGCAGCAGCUUCAACAGCAUGUCCAGUUGCUGACUCAGGUCCACCUGCUGACCUCUCCUGUCCUCAGGCUGCACAGUGAAGCUGAGACCACCAGACAAUUCCUGUUUGAGUUGGACGUGCUGGCUCAGAGGGGCGAGCUCGUUGGGUCUGCGGGUCGUCCUGCUUUUCAAAGCGCUUUCAGAGUCUCCAACCUGAAGGGAGCCCUGGAGCUGCUGGAGGAGCUGAAACAGACUCCUAUCGACUACCAGCCGCAACACCACAAACCUGACGCCAGAGGACACAUGCGCUGCUUCCCCGUCAUGCCCGCUGAGCUGGCCUGGGUAUUAGCUACUCGUCCAGUGUUUCUUUACCCAGAGCUGCUGCCCUGUGCCAGUCUCGACCCGGUUAUGUACUGCCCCCGCAGGACGGCGGCUUUCACUGCAGCUGAGGACUGUUUGCUGGUACUUGGACUCAGGAACAUGGAGGGAUGGUACAAGUCCGACGGAGGAUCCUGCAGUGCUGCAGACCUGGCCUUCAGGUAUCAACAGGUGGUGUGGUCGAUGCCAGUGGCCUGCCGUCAUGUCGAUCCAGCGGUGCGACGCCCUCCUGUGGAGAGAGAACAGACUGUCCUGCCUCUGUGGCUCAUGCGAAGCCUCCCUGUCAUCUAUCCAACCAUCAAACACUUCAACAACCCAUCUGGCUCUGGCCCAGAAGCUCCGCCCUCCUGCAGGAGGGGUAAGGCCCGUCACAGUCACCUGGCUUUUGUGCGCUCCGCCCCUGACACCUACAGCUUCCCACCUGGGACCAGAUACCCGCCUCGCCUCCCCACAAACCUAGACUUCAAACGGUUGGGGUUUGUUCUGCUGCAGCAGCUUCUCCCCUCUCCUCCUCAUGAUUUAUCAUCGGUCUCAGAAGGGCCGCUCAACACCUCCUCCCCUUCUUCUCCUUUACAACCGCUAAGUCCUCCUCAAGACCUCCACCCGACCAAAGCAGACAAAACUCCUGACACCAUAAGUGCCUCCACUGUUUCCUCAGCAUCCAUGGAGCAAAUCAGUCGACACUGUCAGACGCUGGCUGGUCUGAGGAGGAGGAAGUCUGCUGUACCUCCUGCUGCAAGGAAACUUUGCCUGAACAAAAGAGAAAUGAGGAGUGAUGAUAAAGCCCCUGCUUCUCCUCCUUUUUCACCUGAAGGCUCCGCCUCCUUUCAGGAAAUGGGUGAUGAUGCCGUCAUAGUUAAUAACGAAGAGGAAAGGGAAGAAGAGGUGGAGGAGGAGAGUGACCUCCUCCUGGCUCUGUCUGAAUCGUCACCCAGUGCGGCAGGAAGUAUUGCCCACGAGGACGACCUGUCCGAUCCGAAGGAGGCGGAGUCAGAAAGUGAACAAGAAGUGACCGUGGUCCACUCUGAAGCAGUAGAAGAAGAAAAAGAUAACGAAGGGGCAUCUUCAGAUGACUCCAGAGCAUCUGUCAUGCAGCUGCAGGAACUGCUGUCGUCAGAUGAAACUGGAGAUGAUGAAGAUGAUCAGAGGGAGUCGGAGGACACGGUGUUUGCUCAGGAUUAUCUUCACAGAGUAUGUGAAGCGGUGAAGGGGUGCUCAGGCCUUUCAAAGCAGCUGUUGCACAUUUUGGAUGAAUUUUCAGCAGCGGGGCCUUCAGGGGCAUCAGGGACUUUGGAGGUUUUGUACAACAGACUGAGUUCUGUCCUACAGCCGUGGCCUCAGCUGCUCAAAGACUUUGCUGCCUUCCUCAACAGAAGACAGGCUCGAAGUUGUGGACUGCUGUUGGAGCAGCAGCUGUUUGAACGCAGCAGGCGGUUUCUCAAGCGACUGGGGCAGAACCUGGGAGAGAACUCCUCCCUCUACCAGCAGGUGGUUUCUGUCCUGCAGGGAAGCUCCGCCCCCUCAUCAGAAGACAUUGACAAGGUCUCGUCUCUGCUCAGACAACACCCAGACCUGCAGGAAGAGGUCCAAGAGUUCUUCCAGCAGCUUCAUACCUGCUCCUCGCCUGAAACAACCAGCUCUAUGAAACCUAAAUUGGACUCGGCUUCCCAGAAUCCUCAUGACAAGCACAGAAAGACCGUCAGUACUCACAAAGGAAGUGGCAGCGAGGGAGAGGGGGAGCAACAAACUGUCUGUGCCAAAAACAUCGCAGUGACAUCCAACGGCAAGAAGGUCGUCGUCUGGACACGUGACGCUGAUCGCAUCAUCCUGACGGCCUGUCAGCAGAGAGGAGCCAACAGGAACACAUUCAGACAAGUGUCCUCUCAGCUGGGAAAUAAGACGGUCCAACAGGUACGCUUUAGAUUCCAAGACCUCAUGAAGCUUUUUCACUCUGCAUCCCAAAAGCCCACUUCCUGUCCCUCAAAGGGCCAGCCAACAAGCGAGCACAGUGCAGCUCCCGACUGA